AUGCCGAUUUCAAUAGAAUGUAUAUUAGAAUCAGCUGUAUUUUUUCCGGGUGAUACAAUAUUCUGUCGUGUAUUUAUAUCAAAUUUAGGAAUACCCAAUAAUAAUAAUAACAACGAUAAUAAUGAGAAAUCAAAGCAAACCAUAUCAUGGAUAACAGCACAAGUAUAUGGUAAUUUAAUGGUGGAGUCUUCGUUUAUUAAACUAUCAUCAAGCAGGUCAAAAAAGAAAACAAAGCAACAACAACACCAACAGUCAGCAUCACAAGACCUUUCCUUGGAUAUUAAAAAAAAGAAUAUUCAAACCAAUAAAAAAAUUAUAGCAGGUGUUUCUACAGCAACAUCUUUACCAAAUUUAGCGGAAUUGGGGGAAAAUAGUAAACCUAUAUUUACAUCACCAACAACAUUUUUAGCAUCAGAUUUAUAUAUACCUCCAGGCCAAACAAAGUCUUAUAUUUAUUAUUUAACAUUACCAUCACCAUUACCACCAUCAUUUAAAGGAACAAGUUUAAAAUAUAGUUAUUUUUUAUCAAUCGCAGCACAGGUUUUUACCCACCCAGCACAAAUUUUAACAGUACCAAUUAGAAUAUUAACACCAGCUUCAGCACUCAGACCCAUCAAAUAUAAAUCCAAUAUGACAUUUGAUUUUGAAGAGGGUUCAGCAGAAACAACAGAGGAGUAUAAUUCAUCAUCUUCUUCAAAAAAUAAUGAUAAACAGUGGCCUGUUUCACCAUUUAAAAAAUCACAAUACUUUCCAUUACCAUAUCCUCAAAAUCUAUCUCAAUAUGAUUCGAAUAAUACCAAAAAGUCGGUUAUCGAUAUAUUAAAUAAACAUUCAUCACCAGUUUCAAUAGUUAUUUCAAAAGGACAAGAAAAAAUUGCUACAUUUUCGAUUUGUAAAACUGCAUUUAGCUUGGGUGAUUCAGUUCAUGGUACUUUUGACUUUUCCAUUGCCACUAUACCUUGCUACAAAAUACUAAUUAAAUUAGAAUGUGAAGAGACUGUUGAUUCAAAAUAUUUACAAAGUACAAGAGGUUCAAACAAACCAAUUAGAAAACUAUAUGGCGAGCUUCAUGAAUUUACUACAAAUCUAAAACAAACUCAUUUUUUAUUUCACAUUCCUGUAGAGGCAAAUCAAGAGUUUUCAACUAAAUAUGUUUCUGUUAAAUGGUCAUUAAGAUUCGAAUUUAUUACUCCUAUUAAAUCACAAUUUACACCUUACCAACCACCCGUACUAUCAUCAUCAGCAAACCAUAACAAUACAGUCAUGAUUACACCACCAUCAAAUAUUUCUAUAUCUUUACCAAAUACACCAAAUAUCUCUCCUUUAAAAAAUAAGAACCAAAUUAUAAAUUCAAAUUUAUUAGAUGAUUAUAAUAAUAACAACAACAAUAUACCAAAAAGUAAAUCAUUUGAAAUCAAUCACUCAAGAAAUAAUAGCUUUGAUCAUCAUAAUCAACACCAAUACCAUCAUACACAAUCAUCCCAUCAAGGAUCAAAUACAAAUGAAAAUAUAAGUUAUGGAAAUGAUGACGAUGAUGAUGAAUAUAUCGAAAAAAGAGGUGGUAAUAAUAAUAAAAGAGAUGAAAAUAGUGACGAUGCAAGUAGUCAUUCAGAAAAUACCAUUAUUAAUGACGAUACUCAAAGCAAUGGAAGUAGUAAUUUUUCAUCAUCAACAAACAACAGUAAACUACAUAUUAGCUCAACACCAUUAUCAGCCAGUGGAAAUUUUACCAAUCAAAAUAAUGGCAAUUUAAAUAAUAGUACAUCUCAUUCAAUAGCGAAAAAAAAGAGAAUGUUCAAUCACCCAAAUAUUGGAAUAUUAAAAGAAGAUGGCUCAACCCCUUUAGCAGAUACUCUCCAUUGGAGUUUACCAAUUAGAGUUUUGGUAGGUUUCCCACCCCACGAACUAUUACAUACAAAUAAAAAUGAAUUAAUUCUUUAG